AUGAAGCAGGAAAUGAAACGGGACUCUCCUCCACUCUCUUCUCCUCUCUCGCUCUUCUCUCACUCCUCUCCACCUCCUCUCCUCUCCAUUCCUCUUCUCUCCUCACCUCUCUACUCUCGCUCCUUUCUCUCCCCUCUCUCACUCCUCUCCACCUCCUUUUCCCUCCUCUCCACUCCUCUCUAUCUUCUCCUCUCUCAUCUCCUCCCCCUCUCCUCCCUCUCUCCUUCCUCUCUCCUCUUUCCCCCCUCUCCUCUCUUCUUCCUCUCCUCCUCUCUCCUCCUCUCCUCCCCCUCUCCUCUCACUCCUCUCCUCUCUCUCCUCUCUCUCCUCCCUCCUCUCCUCUCUCUCCUCUCCUCCCCCUCUCCUCUCACUCCUCUCCUCCCCCUCUCCUCUCACUCCUCUCCUCCCCCUCUCCUCUCACUCCUCUCCUCCCUCCUCUCCUCUCUCUCCUCUCCUCCCCCUCUCCUCUCACUCCUCUCCUCUCUCUCCUCUCUCUCCUCCCUCCUCUCCUCUCUCUCCUCUCCUCCCCCCUCUUCUCUCACUCCUCUCCUCUCACUCCUCUCCUCCCCCUCUCCUCUCACUCCUCUCCUCUCUCCUCCUCUCUCUCCUCCCUCCUCUCCUCUCUCUCCUCUCCUCCCCCUCUCCUCUCACUCCUCUCCUCUCUCUCCUCUCUCUCCUCCCUCCUCUCCUCUCUCUCCUCUCCUCCCCCUCUCCUCUCACUCCUCUCCUCUCUCUCCUCUCUCUCCUCCCUCCUCUCCUCUCUCUCCUCUCCUCCCCCUCUUCUCUCACUCCUCUCCUCUCACUCCUCUCCUCCCCCUCUCCUCUCACUCCUCUCCUCUCUCCUCCUCCUCUCUCCUCCCUCCUCUCCUCUCUCUCCUCUCCUCCUCCUCUCCUCUCACUCCUCUCCUCCCCCUCUCCUCUCACUCCUCUCACUCCUCUCACUCCUCUCCUCCCCCUCUCCUCUCACUCCUCUCCUCCCUCCUCUCUCUCCUCUCCUCCCCCUCUCCUCUCACUCCUCUCUCUCCUCUCCUCCCCUCUCCUCUCACUCCUCUCCUCUCUCUCCUCCCUCCUCUCCUCUCUCUCCUCUCCUCCCCCUCUCCUCCCCCUCUCCUCUCACUCCUCUUCUCCCCCUCUCCUCCCCCUCUCCUCUCUAUCAUCGGUACAGAAGUUUGGCCCAGACUGGCCGUAAGAUAA